GUCUCAAAUACAUCCUCGCUAAUUAAUGAUCACCGGGAAGAAGAGGAAAACCGCCUCAAAAUUUAAGGUUUAUAAAAGCCUUGGGGCCUCUUCUAACUUUGCAUCAGUAAAAAUUGAAAGUAGUAGUUUUUUCCCCACUCUAAUUUAGCAAUGGAUAUUGUGGCGGCGGCGGCAGCAACUGAAGAGAGGGCCGGGGUUUUCGCCGGUGCUUGGGGCUGGCUUAAGGGCUUGCCUGAGAAGUUGAAGAACAAGGCUGUGGAGGUUGCAAAGAGCGCAAAGAAGCUCGGACAAGACGACCCAAGACGAGUCACCCACUCCCUAAAAGCUGGACUGGCUCUCACAUUGGCGUCCUCAAUAUACUAUUUGAGCCCUCCGUUCAAUUAUUUUGGGGUUUUCGGAAUGUGGGCUUUGUUAACAGUCGUAGUAGUCUUCGAAUUCACUGUUGGUGCAACCUUACUCAAAUGUUUUAACACAAGUUUUGGGACAUUAUGUGGUUGCGCUCUCGGGAUUGGUGCUAACAGCUUAGCAUAUCUCUUUGGCGAUAAAGGACCACCCAUUGUCGAAAUAAUAUUGAUCCUUCUUUUCUUUCUAGGUGCAGUAUCAUCAUUCAUUCGAUUCAAUCCACGGAUCGUGAAAAGCUAUGACUAUGGGGUGUUGAUUUUUAUAUCGACAUUUACCUUGGUAGCAGUCUCCGGGUAUCGGACCGACGACAUCUUACAGCUGGCCGAUAAAAGACUCUUCACAAUACUAAUAGGUGUAGCAACGUGCCUAGUUAUAUCCAUAUUUGUUUUUCCGGUAUGGGCUGGCCAAGAUCUUCACAAACUAACCGUUUCCAAUCUAGAAAAGCUUGCAAACUAUCUACAAGGUUUAGGAGGUCAAUAUUUCAAUGAAGGGAAUGUGACGACCGGUGAUAUGGCCGCACUUGUUCAAGGUUAUGAAAGUGUUCUUGAUUCCAAAAGCGAUGAAGAUUCCUGGGCGAAUUUCGCAAGAUGGGAACCAGCGCAUGGCGGUUUUCACUUCCGUCAUCCAUGGAAACAGUACCCGAAGAUUGGAGACCUUGCUCGGCAAUGUGCUUACCAUAUUAAAGCUCUUGAUGACUAUAUCAACUCUGAUGAUAUUCAGGCACCAUUGGAAUUCCGAAAUAUAAUUCGAGAAUCAAGCACGAAGAUGAGCUCAGAAUCCAGCAAGGCAUUAAAAGAGCUAGCAUUGGCAAUAGAAACAAUGACAGACCCUUCAGCUGCCAAUCCCCAUGUGGAGAAUUCUAAAACCGCCAUUAAUGACCUAGAAAUAUUAGCACUUCAAGCUGCCACGACAGAGAAUCGUGAAGACGUCCUAGCAAUUAUUCCGAUUGUUUCGCUUGCUACAAAACUAAAAGAAAUCACUAAAUGUGUGGAGAAAAUAUCUGAAUCGGUCCACGAGCUUUCUCGCCUAGCACAUUUCAACAGUGUUGAACCCACUAUAUCACCAGAGAGACCACAACUACUUCAUUCUGGAAGCGUAGUACCUGUUUCGGACGGUGACAGUACUGACCAUGUUGCAAUCACAGUGCAUGAGAUUUCCUCUGACAGCGAAAACAACAAUGGCAGAAAUCACGGCCAUUCCAGUCCUUGUUUCAUGGGACAGCCGUGUAAAAUAAAUGAUUUCCAUUUUUAG